CUUGUAGUGCUACGACAGCCUUUUGGCUGUUUACUGGGGUCCUGCUGAAACAGCCUUUUGGCUGUCUGGAUAAGCGCUAGGUAUUUCCCGGCGAUAAUGAAAAAAAUAUCAAUAAAUACACAAUCCCAUGACUUAAAUAGGUAUUCAAUAGGAAGCUAUAUAUCGUUGCAUUCGUUUUUCAUAAAAACUUUGAUACAGUUAUCCCUGCCGUCUCUGUAUCGAAAGGUAAAUCCCUGUCAACUGCGCUUUUUUCCAGAAUAUGCGAUAUUUUUAGCCGUGUUACGUCACCGGAAACAUGCGCACAAUACAAACGCAUAGCAAAAUGUUUCCGCCAAAAUGGCUAACAUGUGCUCUGAACCUAUUAGCUAUAUAUUUGGUCUUAGCGGUGCUGUCAGAGGUUCCGUAGCAUUGACAUCGUCAUCUUUAUAUUUAUAAGGUAUUUAACUAUUGUUUCGAUAUAGAACGUCAGUAGUAUAUAACAUUUAUAGUAUAUUUCAUGACCGUUUUGUUAUCGAGAUCUUGCACACAGAGAAUGAUUACGUCACAAUUUGUGGUGUUCGCACUCGAUCUUGUUUGGGUCUCCUCAUACUAUGACUGUUUAUGGAAAGACGGGAUACGAUUUUACUGAAUAAAUGAUUGAAACAUGAAUUGUUAUUAUUAUAUUAACUGAUUUUGUAAGCAAGUUAAGUCUCGAUCACAUAAAAGCGUUCUACUUAUUCAAAAUUAUCGAGUGCUAUUUGUGUCUGCUCUCGUCGCCAAUGUAAACAAGAUGGCGGAGCGGCAAAUCUCUGACGAUUUACAGAAUGUUUUACCAGAGUUCCGCGCUAUAUUUGAGGAGAUAUUUUUGGACGAGGACAGUGAUGAGUUUGACGGAUUUGAUGAACAAGAUGUAGAGGACGAAACGGAUGUAAGGCACAUUUUUGACGAGGAAAGUUGGCAAGAAGGUGGUAGACGGCCGUCUACUUUCACUUUCGUCAGUCGCGCUGGCAUAAAUGAGAAUGUAUUGCCUGUACCCGAAGAAAACACUCUAAGUUAUCUCGAGUAUUUUGAGAGUAUUGUUUCGGAUACAAUUGUAAGUAAAGUUGUAGAUGAAACCAACAACUAUGCUACAAAUUACUUGCAGACUCAUCAAAACUUGCCACCUUUUUCUAGACUUGGAAACUGGACAAAUACAUCCGUUCCAGAAAUGAAAUCAUUCCUUGGAAUAACCAUAGCAAUGGGUAUUGUGAGACAACUGGAUAUCCAAGAUUACUGGUCUACAAAUGUUGUAAUCAGUACACCAUUUUUCAAUACCGUUAUGUCUAGAGACAGAUUUCUUGCACUGAUGAGCUUUCUGCACUUGUCUGAUAACAACAUUGCAGUACUAAGGGGACAACCAGGUUAUUCCCCUUUACAGAAGCUCGGGGAUCCCUACAAGGACAUUUUAUCAAAUUUUCAGAGAGUUUAUACUCCUGGUAAGAACAUUGCCAUUGAUGAAGGGAUGAUUCCAUGGAGGGGAAAUCUGCAUUUUCGUGUUUACAGUCCUGACAAACCUUGCAAAUAUGGCCUUAAAAUGUAUAUGCUUUGCGACUCUGCAAAUGGAUAUUGUAGUAGAAUGGAGCUGUAUACAGGCCGUGAUGGUCAGCAGCAGCCACCCAGUCAGUUUGGGGCUACAUAUAACUUGGUGUUGCGUCUUGUUUCUCCAUACUUGAACAAAGGAUACCAUCUUUAUAUGGACAAUUACUUCAGCAGCCCUCAACUGUUUUAUGAGUUAUACCUUCAAGCAACAGUAGCAUGUGGCACAGUCAGGUCAAACAGACGAGGAAUCCCACAAAAAUUGAAGAGUCAACGCCUAACAAAGGGGGAAAUAUUUGUUGUCCACAACUCCACCCUUGUUGCUGUGAAGUAUGCAGACAAAAAAGAUGUCAUUUUACUUACCACUAUACAUGAAGGUGUGAAAGUAGACACUGGCCGGCUUGACCAAGAUGGUUCCCAUAUCGUCAAACCAGACUGUGUACUAAGUUAUAACAGGUAUAUGGGAGCGGUGGAUCGAUGUGAUCAAAUGGUUGCAAAUGGGAGCUUUGACCGACGGACAUUGAAAUGGUGGAAAAAAGUUUUUUUCCAUAUGAUUGGUCUUGCUGUCCUGAACUCGUACAUAUUGUACAAGAGUAGGACUCGACACCCAGUGCACCAAAGGAUAUUCAGGAGGGAGCUAGUCAGUCAGCUGAUGGAAGUCUCUGAGCUUUCUGGUGCUGCUCCCAGAGGCAGAAAGCGGACCUCAGCCGAGAUAUUGCAGCGUUUGACUGCCAGACAUUUUAUGUCUCACCUGCCACCAACUGACAAGAGAAGCCAUGGGAAACGACGGUGUGUUGUAUGUGGGCCUGGUGAGUUGGAACUCUUCAAGUCCUCUCAUCCACAUGAACCAGUACCUAAGUGUAUGGGACGCGAGACCACUUUCCAGUGCAAGCAGUGUCAAGUGGCUUUAUGCAUAGAACCCUGUUUUGAACUUUUCCAUACGAAGUCUGAGUAUGUUUUGGCAUAUAAAAGACAGAAAACUGCGACCACCCAGUCUGGGCAGGAGGAAUAGUGUCAACAUCAGCUCAUGUCCUCAAACUACAAAUGGAAAUCAAUGUACAUAGCUCAAAUAUAUAUGAACAAGUUGAAAUAGAUACUUUUUUUAGUUUUUAAAUGAUGAAGUUAUUCCAAAUUGAUGAAAACUUGAUAUCCAAUUGUCAAUGUAAAAGAAGGUGAGUGUGCUAUGUUCAUGUAAUUGGUUGUUGGUUGCCUAGCAACUAUUUGCCUUGUACCAUAGCAACAUGAUUUCCAUACAGUUCAGUUCUUUGAAAUGAAAUAGCAUGAUGCCAUUGUGAUCAUGGUUCUAUGCAGAAAAGAAAUAUCAUCACAUAAAACUGACUAAAAACAAUAAUACAAGCCUGGUCACCAAACUGUUGUUCACAACUACUGUACUUCAUAACACCUUAUGUAAAGUAAUAUGGUUCAGCUCAAAGUAGCUGAAAUGACUACUUUAAGCAAGUAUUUCAGUAUUACUUGAUAAAUAUAUGAUAUAUAUCCAAAUCUGGGAAUUAUACAGUAUUCCAAAACAAAAAAGUUAAAAUAAUAAAUUAUUCAUAAAUUUUCUUCGCAAAAUAUCAACAUUUUAUACCUUCAACUUAGAGGUUUGAAAUAUAGAAAACGAUAAGAGAUAAUGAGUGGAAAUGAUAAAAAUGACUUAAUAUGAUUCCCUAAGAACAUUUUCAAGCAUUUUGAAAAAAAGAAAAAAAAAAAAGUGAAACAAUUCAGCAUUGGGAGAUGUCUGAUUCUGGGACAAUUCAGCACUACAAAUAGAUUUCGCUAAUUUGACUGUCAAACUUAAGAUAAUCUGUUUACUGGGUUUGUGAUUUCACUUGAGUUAAAAUUGGUUACAGAUUAGCUUGGUUAAUAUGAAGUAUGAUAAUUGAGAAUUACAACUUUCAUUAUUUCAGUCAUUAACGUUACCUUUAUUUCUAUCUAAGCUGUCUCAUGACCUGGAGCUAUUAUUGGAUGCACAAUUACACCUCGUGAUAAUAUGGUCUUAUUCUAUGGAGGAUCACUGAUCUCUAUUUCAACCUCUAACCAAAAUCAUUAAAACCGUUUCCCCCGAGCAUAUAUUUUAAUUACAAUUUCACCUGAAGUUACCAAAUUAAAUUUGCAGGUAUAUCUUGUUAUCGCUUGAUAUGAGAUUGGACACAAACAAUUAAAAUGAAACUGUUUCCUUAUUCUUAUGUUGCCCAAUGAAAAGACCAAUGAAAGCCUUUGGAACUUACUGUAGUAUUUUGAUUUGUUAAAAUUGAUUCCUAAUUGCUUAUCUCUAAAAUUUAUUUCAUGACCUGUAUAACUUUGACAUACCAAUUUAAG